AUGAGUCUGUCGGAAGAAGAUGGAAAUUUGGAUCUGUUUAAUGCUGUCAAGAAUAACAAUGAAAGUGAGAUCCGUGGCUUACUCGACGCUGGAGCAGAUGUGAAUAUCACUGAUGAAUCCUGGAAGAGAACUCCUUUGUUUUAUGCUGUUCUUGGUAACUUUGAAAAUGUGAGCGCUUAUUAUGAUGGCGAAACUGCUUUGUUUGGUGCUAUCAGAAAGGACAAUGAAAGUAUUGUACGAGCGUUAAUUGAAGCUGAUGCUGAUGUCAACAAGACUGAUAAUGAUGGCGCAACUGCUUUGUUUAGUGCAAUCGAAUACGAAAAUGAAAGUAUUGUACAGGCGUUAAUUGAUGCUGGUGCAGAUGUCAACAAGACUGAUGAUGAUGGCCAAACUGCUUUGCUUUGCGUAUCACUAAUUUCUUUAGACGAUUCUAUUGGUUUAUUGAUUGACGCAGGUGCUGAUGUCAACCUACCUGACGACAAAGGGGAAACUCCGUUGUUUCUUAUUGUCAGAUUGGGUUUGGACAUUCAUAUAAACACUUUGGUGGAGAAAGGUAAAGCCUUGACAAAUGUGAGAAAUCAGUAUGGCAGAACGCCCUUAUUUUAUGCUCUGCAGCGUUCACCAGUGGUUGCCCUUUACCUUCUCGAAAAUGGUGGAAAUCUCUAUUUAAAAGACAAUUGCAAUUUAGGCAUUUUAUCAUUUCUUAUCGAAGAAAUGUUGCACAAUGAAGUUCGUUUUAAUCGUUUUCAUCUGACUGAGCAAUUGAACCUGCUUUAUAGAAAAGGUUAUACGGAAAAACUUGUAGUAAAAGCACUAAUAGAAGUGCUAUUUUGCAAAAUUGUGCUUAUGUGUACGUCUUUGGGUGAAGUCACAACUUCCUAUUCAUAUUUUAUGCACAAAGGAUGUCUUUCUGAGUUCUUGUCGAUGGCUGAUGAUCAAACUAAAAUGACCAUAGAAAACAUUUUGGAACAGGUCUCAAGUGAGCAACUGUCACAGAUAGUUCCUUCAUUUGUGAAUUUAGGUGCUGAUCCAAACAGUGUAGACUCACAUGGCAACACUUUACUUCACUAUGUAACUCUCCUGCCAUUUGUCGGUGUAUCUCAAACGGAGGUCAUGGAAACAUGUCACCUACUAUGGAAGUAUGGAGCAUCAAUGGAGCAUCGUCGUUACUACACUGGUAACGCAUUUUUCACAGACAGCUGA